ACCGCAUACCAGCGCCUGCAAGCCAAAGGGUUUUAUAAACAAGUAGUCAUUCCCGAUUUCUACGGAACGAUCACGAAAAUCCAACCAGCCCUCUUGCCAGAUCUGCACAUGUUCCUUGGUGACAAGCUACCUCCCAACGCCAUCCUGAUCAAGUACAUCCCAAACCUGCAACACAUAGACCUAUCCAACUACACAGGAUCGCCUGGUCAAGAUUCGCGUAUUUUCUACGAAAUCCACAAGGUGAGUGUCUAUCAAGGUGAUGCGAGACUAAGGAGCAUGAUCGUGUUUCCGGGAGAGUCGAUUGGAAUACCAAAUAGAGUGCUCUGGGUGGAUUUUGAUUCCGCGCAGACCCUUCCGGAGGACGAGCUACUGUCAAAGAGAUAGGAAACGUGGAUCGUGCGAGAGGUCAAAAUCAUGGAACAAUUU